AUGUCGAACUUUGUCAAGUCCUAUACUACAAUCCCGAAGGAGCUGUUCCGUAUAAACAAUGGCCCUGUUGUUCGCCUGCGUGCAUACCCAGGCCCACGGAGGCCACCGGGCCUCUUUGAUCUAUUAACAUACGCAGGAAAGGUCAAGCCAAAAGCGCUCAGCCCAACCACAUAUAAGGCGCCCAAUGGAGCUUCGAUGCGACCGAAUACCCCCAAGACGCAAAGACUUGUCAGCACCCUUAGGGGCACGUCAGCUUGCAUCUAUUCCAUUCCUGCAGGGGUCCGUAUUCCAGAUGGGCUCAUUCUCGUCCAUGAGUUCAAAGAUCAUUAUUCGCUGCAAGCAGGGGAAGAAACGACGGUAGAUGCCUUGAAUGCUAGAAUCACGGAUUUCUUGCAGUCGAAAGGUCAAUGUUUAACAAAGGAAGAAUGGCUGUUGCAGUAUCCGAAGCCAACAGAGACUGAGUGAACGGUUUCCAUAUGUACUGGGCAGGUGUACUGCAUACCAAGUCAGUGGAUGAUUUGACGUACAGCGAUAGGCAUAUACCUCGUUUCAUGUCGGCAACAUUCCUUAUCAACGUGAAGGCAAUAGAUGUCACCGUCAAAGGAUGGGAUCGCCGUGGGAUUUUUAUUUUAUGAUAAAUAGUUUAGUUUCUUGUUAUGAAUAUGGAUUCACCGGUUCUGGGGAAGAUAUUGCCGGAUCUGUCGUGGAUGGACUUGGUGAUGUAUGUGGAUGUGUGUGUUGUAGGCUGGUGGGUGUGGCUGGUCUUGGGGUAUUCUGGAAUAUUUAAAAGGU